AUGAACCUACCACCGAUUGGAUCUCCCAAUUCGCAACAGUCGGACAUGUACAACGACGCUGGAUUACAGAAACCCCUCGCCGACGAUGUGGCAUCACUGCUGAGCGACCGACAAGCCGCGCUACGCUCGAGGGUACAGAACAAACAGCGGUUGCUUGCGCGACUCAUGAAAGAACAAGCCGCCAAAGAAGCCGCUGCGGUGACCGAAGCGGACCUGGCUUUUCUGGGUACAUACAGGUUUGAGACGUACAGGAAGAGAACGCCCGCGGAGCAGGAAAAGGCUUAUAUGGACAACCGAUUCUAUGCAUGGACCGACACGAUCAAGGCAGAUUAUGAAGCUGCGUGGAAAACUCUGUGCCCACCGGAUUCCGAUGAACACCCAGAAGUCGCGGUCUUGAGCAUCGCGAAGAAGCUGAACGACACUUACAGAGGACUGCCUGGUUGGGUUUCUAUUCCUACGGACGCCGAUGCUAUGGUGGAGAGUCUCGAUGAGCGACAGACAGAGACUGUUGAACAACAGGCAGCGUCCGUACAAACAGCACCCGUUGAACGACAGGCAGAGCCGAUUGAACGACCGACAAAGCCAAUCAAACGAAAGGCAGAGCAGGUCGAUCGAAAGACGAAGCGGGAUGAUCGAAAAGGAAGAGCGGGUUGA